ACACUUCCGGGUUAGCUUCCGCUGCUCGGCUGGCGGAGCAGUUUGCUAGCCGGCUAGCAGUCACUCCAUAAAAUGAAUUUAAAUACAUUUACAGCGUGUCGCCGAUGUGGAAGAGUGUUUUUGAUUAGUUCGACAUGCCACUGUUGGUGUUGUAGCUUCAAGGGGCCACACAAGCGCGACCAUGCUAGCGAGUGGUGGAUGGAUGAUUAGCUGCAAUCGCUGUCAUUCACUAACAUGCUAGCAUCCUCAGUAUCGCGUUCAUUCCGAGUUUGAGCUGUAUUAUGUGCUAUAUUGCGGCUGUGAAUCCCAUGAAAGAAUAUGAUUCGCGCACACUGAGCUAGCAGCUUGGUCCGGACUAAGCGGCUCAUGCACUCAAGUCCGUCCCAUGGAGGUGAAGUGUUGCUCGGCUUGCUCAAGAUGACGCGCUCCCGUCGCCGGCUGCUUGUGUGUGCAGGAGGCCGAACAUGGACGCCCGGGAGGAGUGGAGCGUAAAGCUGAGCGUACAAAAACUGCCGGAUGAAAAAGUGCAACAUGGACGGCGAGGACUGGUGAGCUCUCUUCACAAACUCUUCAGGAACCCCAACACGCUGCAGAUUCACUCCAUCAGCCGCCUCGAAUGUGCUAGUCUCUCAGGUUCCUGCCCAAAUCUGAUGAUGAGUAGAAGAGAACUUGCAGAAGUGCGACGGCCAGUCCCAGUGGCCCUCACCCCCCAACUGCCCCCCAGGGUGCACCGGCCUCUCUGCAUGUCGGUGUCAUCGGACAGCAGUGGGCGCUUCCGGGCUCUGGAGACGCAGGAGUGGAAGAACAACCUGAAAGCGCAGAUGGAGCAGGCGCACAGUGCCGGCGCCGCCAGCAGCACGGGCUCUCUUGAGCGGGCCUCUCUGUUCUGCGCCUCUAGCGGUCCAGCUGAGGUCCUCAACAAGAAUAAGUCCUCUAGCCGCUUCUCUCUUUUCUCACCGCCAUGGAACAGCAGCUCCGAGUCGGACUCCAACCCUCCGUCGCGUUCCGGCUCCAAGAAGCUGCGCAACUACAGCAGGAGGGCGGCCACGGGCCCAGCAGGAGCCCGUGGCCCCGACACGCCUGAGCCCACAGGCGGUGGCCCGCAGCAGGUGCAGUACUUUGAGCCGCUCAUCUCCAAGGUAACGGACUACAUCUUCGUAGGCAACCUCAACGCAGCGUACAACGGCCGCGUACUUUGCCGCAACAACAUCGACAGCAUCAUCGACAUGAGCGGGGAGCCGGGGGAGGCGAGGCCGAGCCUCAGCCUCAUCCCGUGCACGUGCUCCCGUGGCGCCCGCCACAGCUGGUCCCGCCUGAAGGUGGACAUUGGCGAUGUGAAGCAGCGCUGCUUUGAGGACAUCAACGACUGCAUAGACGCCUCAGCUCAGAAGAGGAAGCGCGUCCUGGUCCACUGCCGCGACGGCUUCUCGCUGGCGCCCACCUGCGUCAUCCAGUACCUGAUGCUGAAACGCAACAUGAGGCUGAUCGCCGCCUACGAGCUGCUGCGCACCAAGUACCCUCUCAACAUCCGAGAGUGCCACCAGAACCUUCUGGUCAGCCUGGAGAGGGCUCUACAACCCGGAGACGUCGACCCACAGAGCUUCAAACAAGCCAUCUCCAGGAAAGUGGCCUGGACCUGACCCACUUUCCUGUUGUUCUCAGCAACAUUCCUGCUCUUCUCCCGCCUCCCGUGGAGGGUGGUAAAAGCUCUGACGUCACCCAUGAAAACAUCGCUAGAACAUUUUUCUUUGAGUCAGCGCCGUCAGAACCUCUCAGGAGAUCAGUGUGUGCUUCUUCUGGUACCAGGUGGUUUCUUAUCCUUGUGUGAGCGUUUCUUCUCUAAGAAAUCUAUUGUUUUUUAUUCUGGUUAGAUGUUUGUGUAGAUGUUACGAUCCAGUCAACAACAACCAGCCAGGCUUGGUUCUUGUGAGUCUGUUCACAAAAAAAGACUUUGAACACAGGAGUGACUAAGACCACCCUGUUUUAGUGCUGUCCUCUGUGAGGAAGAACACUUGCUUGGUUCUGAUCAGCACCAUUUGGACCUCUGUAUUCUGAAUCUCCAUUUUGCACAACAUGCAAACUUUUGUGUUGUUAAAUUUAAUAUUGUUGAUGCUUGUUGUUGGACUUUGACUGCGACAGAAGGAAACACGGUUCUUCUAAACCAGGGGUGUCCAAUGUGCGUCCCCGUGUCCAUCUUCAGCCCGCAUCUUGAAAGUAAUUACAGUAAUCCCUCGGCAUUCUUCCACUCUAUCAUGUUUUUUCAAAAGUAUAUUGAAUAUGGCUUUUUAGUAAAAAAAAAUAAAAUACAUAUGUAAGCAAAUUUUAGUUUAGUUUUUUUUUUAAAGCUAAAGUUGAAAUGCAGGGCAUUCAGAAGACACAUUCAAACGUUGGGAUGGUAUGAAGUAUUCUACAGUGGUCACUAGGUGUCACUGAUCUUGAGUGAGACACACAAGCGCCAGACUUGAUGGGCGGAACAACAGGCUUUUAUUGCAGUUAUGAAUGAUCUCACAGCAGGCAAAAUAAUAAAAAUGAAACUUUGAACCCCUGACGUCACUUCCUGUCCGCCCCCCACCCGGCUUCCCUGCAACCUGAACACAUUUUCAGCAACACACAUGAGCACGAGCCUUAUAUAUGUUUUAUGUCUUAUCUUUAUAUUGGUUAAUAGGAGUGUAAAGGUGACUAUAGGGGUGUUAUUUCAUGUCUAGAGGACUAAUGUUUAAAAAAAAAAGUAUCUAGAUAUCUAGAAGGUGGUAAGCAGGUUUUCUAUGCUAUACCAAAAUAUUCCAUUUAUAAAAAAGGAAUCCUGGAACCAGUUAACUGCCAUAAAUGAGGGAUUGCUGUAGUAGUGAAGUGACAUCCACAUGGUUGGAUAUCAGUGUAUAGUGAAAUAGUUAGUUAGUUAGAUGAGCCAUUACAGGUAAACGCUGUUGCUCCCUCAGUGGAAAAAGUUGGACACCCCUGGUCUAGAUGGUCAAAAUGAAUAAAAGUGUAUCAUACCUACACCCAUCCAAUUAGAAUGUUGAGGCAAAAAGUAUGAAAAUGCCAUUUUGGUUUCUUAGUCUUGUGAUAAAACUGCUCGUUUGUCAAUUUUGAAAUACUUCCUGCUACCUUAUGACCAAGCAUAUAUGCAAAUAAUUCCUUCAACAUGGCGUGAAGUGGUCAGCAACGGCUAUGCUAACAACGAGUGAACAAUAUGGCGUCUUGAUUGUGCGGUGACGUGACUUCUUUACACAAUGGCUCUCUCUUGAAAAUAUGCUGAGUGGCGUUUUUCAUUUUUGUCGUGUAUAGAGUGAAAAA